AUGGCAUUCGUGGAAACCCUGACCAAGAACUUCUCAGGAUGGGUCAUCUUCUGCUGCUGUUGUUGUGUCCCUCUUCUUCUCACCAGCCCUCUGCCUCUCAAAGGGAAAGGGGUGGCUUCUACCACCCCUCGUGGCUGCAAGCUCAGCAAGACUCACUUCCAGCCACCCUACAUCAGGAAUGUCACCUACACCUUGGCUAAAAUGGCCAAGGCCUCAGACCACGACACGGACAACAGGUUCAUUGGGCAGCAGCUCUUUGUUAACAUCAAGGAAAACAACCGCUGCUACAUGAUGAAGAGAGUUGUGGAGAUUGUAGUGAAAGAUGUCCUUGCUGAGGCCAAGAAGCUGUACCCAAAUGCUGAGAAGGUGGCAGAGUUCUUUGCACGCCUGACCAAGGAAGAACUGCGCAGCUGUAAUUCUUCAGGACAUAAAGAGCCCAUUGAAAAGAACCUUGGAGAAAUGAAAAACAAAAUGAAACAGUUGGGAGACAAUGGAAAGACUAAAGCCAUUGGAGAACUGGAUUUACUGUUUGACUACACGGAAGAUGCCUGUACUGAUGCCCCGAAGAGAGGAGGGAACAAGAAGAAAAACUGA